AUGGAAUUUAAUAAAGAAAUUCUAAACUUCACGCAGCAUUGGGUUACAAUUGUGGAAUCAUGGCACCUGGAGUUGUUCUGCAUCCCCGCUACUGUCAUCACUUUGGCCACUUUGGUUGCAAACCCUGUUCUCCUGUGUUGCAUUUUCACUUUUCGCGCCUUGCGCCAGGAAACUCGCUACCUGCUGGUGGCCAACACUCUGGUGGCAGACAUGCUGUUCCUUGUCCUCAACCUGACCACAACUUUCAUCAACUCUGUGGAAGCCCGCAUUCCCUGGAUAGCCUGUGAGCUGAUGACCAUCUUCCUCGUCACUGCUUACAGCUGUGCCAUCCUCACCGUCACCGUCAUGGUGGUCGACACCUUCGCCGCCGUCAACUGGCCGCUCCAUUACCACGAUUUCCUCACACCUGCUCGCACCUACAGCCUGCUCGUGGUGUUGUGGGUACUGGUGGCCAUAUUCCCCCUGACUUUGUUUAUUGUAAAGUGGGAAAAUUCUACUGAAAACGUCUUCGCCUGUCUGGCUGUCAUCUCCCUCGGCCUAAUCCAAAACAAAAACAAAAACAUGGAGGGCAUUUACAUGUACUUUUUGGUGUGCGCCAUAGCCUGCUCCUUGGUGAUUUUCUACUGCUACAUUCGGCUCUACAUGGUGACGAGGAUGCAAGGAAUUUGGCAGACCCGCUUCUCCAGGGCGCGGGUCACCGUGCUGGCCCACGGGGUUCUGCUUUUUCUCUACUUUGUUCCCGGCUUUCUCUUUGCUCUGGAGCUCCUCCUGUUCCACAAAAAGAGCAUAAGUCCGGACGUAAACGUGUGGAUCAGCACGCUCAAUGGGAGUUUUUUCAUGCUGCUCCCCAGGGCCCUCGCCCCCUACCUGUACGGGCUGAGGUACAGAGAGAUCAGCGAUUAUCUGACACUGCUGCUGCAUCGCCAGAGGAGACUCAGUCAGAUCACCCUGUCAUAA